GAUUUGUGUAGUUCGUAGAUGUAUUGUUCUGUAUGUACCCGAUCAGUCUCUUUUAGUGUUUUUCUGAUGCUGUACUGAUACUAGCGAUCACAAAGAAAAUAUAUAUCUAUCGUCUUAAUGGAUGAUCCGCCUCAUUGUUUGUUUAUAUCCGCUCGGAUCAUCAGACCAACUAACUUUUCUUCAUAUGUUUUCUCGGACAAUUCUGUUAACUUUCAUGCUAUGUUCAACAAUCUUAAUACAACAAUCUUAUGGUCUCAACCCUUUGGAUGCUUUCAAUGAAAUUGUCAAAAUUGUUAAUUCAAAUCCACCAGCCAAAGGUUUUCCAUUUCCCACGAUUCCCUCUCCAAGGAGUGUUCAGGACAAAAUUGCAAUCGUCGGGGGUGGCCCUGCAGGCAUCCAUAUGGCAUAUUUAUUGAAGAAAAGGGGAUUUAAAGAUAUCGUUGUCUACGAAAAGUCAGGUAGAAUUGGGGGGAAAUCUCUCACAGUUGAGUAUCGCAACACCGUACAUGAAAUGGGAACAUGUUAUACAACUCCAGAUUAUGAAGAGAACGUAAUUGCUCUGGCCAAAGAAUAUGGACUCUGGGAUCCUGUAGACAUACCUUCAGCUAAUAUUUGGCAAGAUCAUGUUUCAAAUCCAUCUCAAUACUCAAACUAUGUAAUACUUGAAAUUAUGAAAAUUUUGAAUACGAACAACCCAAACGUAGCCAUUGCUGAAUUGUUAAAAGCCAUGGUUCAAUACUGCGCAUUGCAUCGACAACUGUUUGGUAAGUAUGAAGGAGACUUGAUGCGGCAACCUGGAUCAGAAACAAUGAAAAAACUUAGAUGCACUUUUGAAGAAUUUCUAAAGCAAAAUAAUCUUCUAGUCUUAAAGCCAAUCUUCAUUGCAUCGCAUACAGUUCAAGGGUACGGACAUAUUGAUGAAAUAUCUGCACUGUACGGUCUCAUGUGGAACACGCCAGUGUAUGUUAAAGAAUUGGCCGGUAAGUUUAUCGGAGUAUCGCACGGUUUAAAUAUGAUUCGCGGCGGGUUUCAAAAUUUGUGGAAGACGAUAGUGGAACGGGAAAAUAUUAAAGUUGUUACUAAUGUGAAUGUCGUAAAAGUUAUAAGACGGACCAAUUGCGUCUACGUUGUAAGAAAGUUUCGUUACGGAUGGAGAUAUUAUAGGAGAGGGUCAUAUUUUGAUUUUCUUAUCUGGACACCAAGUGUGUACUCAACUCGUAGACGGCUGCAUACUUGCCGUAAAGAAUGGAAUAUAUUCUCAAAACUUAAACCAGUUUGGUUUAGUACAACUCUUUUCUCUUCAACCUACGGAACCCGAGGUGAAUCACCGAUCGACUAUUGGCUUGAUAAUGUGGAAAACAAACGCGAACAUUCGUUAUGGGCUCAACGUGAUUCUUACGGCACACUCAGCAAUUAUUACGGAGAAGCUUAUAAAAACGGAUCCUUGCCUGGCGGCCCUGAUCACCGAUUCAUUCGAACUGGAGUUGCUUAUCAAUACGGAAAAGGAAAACCUUGUAAUAACUGCCUUACAACGAUACUGAGAAGAAACCUCACAACAACAGGGUCUUCGAACAUCCAGAUAGUACGACAAGAGAGUUGGGAAUAUUUUCCCAAGUUUUCACCGAAUGACAUGGCAAAUGGUGUACUAUGGGACAUCUUCAAAAUGCAAGGCAGCAGACGUACAUGGUUUGCGGGCUCGUCUGUAAACUUCGAGUCUGUGAAAAGUGUUCUUGAAUACAACAAGUUAUUGGUUUCAAAAAUGGACACUACCGCAUGAACAGAUUAUAUAGUUUAACACAAGACUGUAGUAAUUAAGUUCUGCUUGACACUAUUUUUAUUAGAAAAAUUGAUGUAUUUCAACCUUACAUGUUGAGUAUGUAUAAUAUGCUCAAUCUUUAAAUACAAUAAAACAGUGUGA